GGUUUUCGCGGUUGUGAGCGAAAGUUGGAUAUCAAAUUCUGAGGCGGUUUUCUCUCUCAUUUUAGAUUUUUUCUUUUCCUAAUCGGCUACCAGACAAGUAUUCGCCAUAGGAUGAGGUUAAUUGUGUAAUUGAAUUUACUGCCGAAACAUUUUGCUUGUUCUGCUUGCUGCUUCUGUUGUUUCUCUGUCUGAUUCUAAAGAAAAUAGGGUUUCUGCUUUUCUUUUUCUUUUUGUUUCUCUUAACUUUUGCCUUCUGGACUGGGGUGUAUGAAAAUGGGUGAAGUGGUGGUUAGCAGCGACGAAGUCAUAGAGGUGGUGUUUGAGAAGGAACCGGACAAGGACAAAAACUGCAAGAAGAAUGAGGAUAAAGAUGGAUCAUCGGAGGUGGUCAGGUGGGAAAAGUUUCUGCCUAGGAUGAUGCUUAGGGUUCUGUUGGUGGAAGCCGAUGAUUCAACUCGCCAGAUCAUAGCUGCUCUUCUUCGUAAAUGUAGUUACAGAGUUGCUGCUGUUCCUGAUGGUUUGAUGGCAUGGGAAACUUUGAAAGGACGACCGCAAAACAUAGACAUCAUAUUGACUGAAGUGGAGUUACCAUCAAUCUCUGGGUUUGCACUCCUUACUUUAGUAAUGGAGCAUGACGCGUGCAAAAAUAUUCCUGUCAUAAUGAUGUCGUCACAUGAUUCAGUUAGCAUGGUCUUAAAGUGCAUGUUGAAAGGUGCAGCUGAUUUCCUUAUUAAGCCUAUUAGGAGGAAUGAACUGAGGAAUAUCUGGAUGCAUGUUUGGAGAAGGAACACCCUAAGUGGUGGCUCUUUUCAUCAAAGCUCACCCAUUAGGCAACCUAAAGUUGAAUGUACUUCUGAAAACACUGCAGCAAGCAAUUAUUCAAGUGACCAUGCAACUUCUGCACAGAAAAACAAGGAAUGCAGUGAGAAAGGGAGUGAUGCCCUGAGCUCUUGUACAACGCCUUACUUGGAAGCUGAGAAUGCAUGCAUGCAAAAUAUGCAGGGACUUUCACAGCUAAAAUACAGGACUACUUCUAUUUUGAGAAAUAAUGAUCAAGGGAAGCAAGUAGAGCAUCUCAAACCAUAUAAACAAUCUAUUAUACCAGAGUGCAAAACUAGAGAAAAUUUUGACAGAUUAGGAACGAAGGUUGCACCUUGUGUACAAGCUUAUAGAUCAAGUGCCUUGAAACUUGAGGAAGGUCGUGACUGUUGCAAAGGAACGGGUCAAGAGGAAGGUGUAUGCACAGAAAAUGAUGAUAGAGAUGCUGAUAUUUCUGUGGAGACUCAUGGCUGCAAUGAUGAACCGGUUGAGCCUUCUAAUGGUGCUGUUGACUUGAUUGGUACAUUUGAUGACCAUCAAUUGCAGCGCAUGUAUAGAUGCUCAAAUUUUAAUGACUACAUAAACAAGUCGGAAUUUGCUCCACAACUUGAACUUUCUUUGACAAGAUUCUGUCCCAGUAGCUCAAUGAACAAAGGGUACCAUGAAAGGCAUACUCUUAACCAUUCUAAUGCCUCGGCCUUUUCAUGGUAUAACAAUAACAAGUUGUUGCAGUCCCCUUUCUCAGCAGUGGUCGGUAGUUGUACAGAAUCGAAGGAGAAGGCAAGUAAAACACAUGAACCGUCAUCUUACAAACUUUCUCAAGACAGCGUUCGUUCUUCUGACCCGCUAGGUGCCCCAUCAGGGGGAAGUCAGGGGAAUAUAAUUGGUCAAUCUCGAGACAUUGGGCUAGUUUCUGUUUCUGGAGUGACAUUUGAUAGUACAUGUGCAGAACAGAUUCAUGUUUCCACACCGAUAUUCUAUAGCCAAUCUGGUUUACCUCCACAAGGGUGGAAUGCAAAACCAGCCUUCCUGAAAGAGCAAUCUCCUUUUCCUAUGAGCACUUCUGUUCAUUCCGAUUCUUACACCCAUGACGCAGAACAAGGUUACCAUCUAUGUGAUGAAACCAUCGGUUAUUCUGUUGACCAAGCAGUGCCCGUGCACAGCACUUUGGAAACCGUCAGGGAACUGAAACAGGGUUCUCCGGCUGCUGGGCAGAGCACUGGCACUAGCUUAUAUAAUAGUGUUACGAGUCACGACAACAGUGAUGCUUGUGGAGGCAUUUGUAGAAGUGACGGGAAUGGUACUUCAGCAUCAGCAGUCGAGAAGUCCAAUGCUUCCGAAAUAUUGAACGAGGGAAGUCUUUUAGUUCAUAAUGGCUUGAAAGUGAUGGAGUCUCACCGCUCCAGCCAAAGAGAAGCGGCUCUAACAAAAUUCCGACUGAAGCGGAAAGAAAGAUGCUAUGAGAAAAAGGUUCGAUAUCAAAGCAGGAAAAGACUAGCAGAGCAGCGUCCCCGAGUAAAGGGCCAAUUUGUUCGUCAGGUUCAAAAUGACACGCCAGCUACUGAUGCUACUAGGUGCCCCUGAAAUUUUUCAGUGCUCAUCUCCCAUUACUGUCAACCUGCGUAGUUGCGUCUUUGGCAUCAACAUGGGACUGAUUAUGACCGAGACAAGUUGAUUAUUUAUUGCACUUGCUCAUCAUCGGUUUUUGUCAAGUUAUAGGUCUAUUUGAGGAUUUAAUUUAUAAGGAUUUUUGCUGGCAGGAUAAUUUGCUAUUUGGCAUAGGGUACUAUGGGUAUUUGCUUUUAUGGAAAGGGUAGUUGUGUGAUUCCGUAGUGAGGUUAUCUAGCUAUGUUUCUACUCUGGUGUGGUUGCGUAUGUGUAGCUUAUUGUAUAUGUAUAAUAAUGUGCGUGUCCUAGGCAUCUAGUUCUGUUAGCUAUUUCUCUAGUAGUCUAUGAUGAUGAAUGAAUUAAAAUUGCUAUGAGAAGUUAUGACUGAGGAAAAUCAACUUCUAACCAGUUUCAUCU